CGAUUCCAAUGAUAUUGCAAAUGUGGGGACUUGGAGACGCGGCCAGAGAGGCUCAAAGAGUUGGCCACACUGAUGCCUCGUUUGUACAAAAGAGAGACAUAAAAGGCCUGGUGGUUUAGGUUUUUGCAGCGAGAAUGGCUACCAAAGCGGUGUUAACAUUUGGAAGAUACAAAGGCCAGCCUCUCGGUUCUCUUCCAGCGAACUAUCUGCAAUGGAUGACACAGGAGCUAGACAACCACUGGAAUGGCUUGGCAAGGCAAGUUCUAUCAGAAAGAAAAGAAGGAGAAAGCUCGAGCACUCAAGAAGGUGGCAGCAACGUUUCUCCUCCGCAGAGCUCUCGCAAAGUCGGAUCCAUGGUUCUCACUUUCGGGAAGUACAAAGGCCAAGCGCUGGGCUCUCUCCCGGACGUGUACCUGGAAUGGAUGGCGAACAACAUGCACACACACUGGGGGAGACACGCGAGAGAGUUUCUGGAUAGCAAGCACGGUGGUGCUCGAGAAGUUCUCAUCGCCCAAGAACAGGAUGGAUCGAUCGCGCUGAAGAAGCAGAUCCUGGCUUGUCAAGAGAGGAGAGACCUCGAGGAAGCCAAGCGGAUCCACGCGCGGGUGAAAGCCAGCGCCUAUCGCAACGACCGAUACAUCGCCAAUCUUCUCAUGGACAUGUUUGGAGCUUGCGGGAGCGCGGAGACGGCGCUGGAGAUCUUUGACAAGAUCCAGGCGCCCAACAUCUUCUCCUGGAACAUCAUCCUCAAGGUUGUCACGCAGAAGAAUGCAUGCGAUCCAGAGGCGUGGAAGAUUUUCGAGAAGAUCCCGGAGAAGGAGAAGAAUGCCGUGUCGUGGAACAUCAUGCUCGCCGCGCUCGCGGCCGAGAAGGGGAAUUUGCGCAAAGUGGAGGAGUUUUUCUACGAGAGGAUGCCCGUCAAGGAUGUGUUCUCCUGGACUACGCUGCUCAAUGCCUACAUAACAAAUGGGCGGUUUGACAAGGCCAGGGAGAUCUUUGCGAGCCUUGAUGACGAGAAUGUAAACGCCGCUACGUGGAACACGAUGAUAGAAGGAUAUGCCCAGGCAGGGGAUAUGCUGCAAGCCAGAAAAAUGUUCGAUAGCAUGCCCGAAAAGAGCGUUGUGUCGUGGAAUUUGAUGAUAGCAGCCUAUGGAAAGAUACAUAAUGUGGGAGAAGCAAGAAACCUGUUUGAAAAAGUGAAGGAGAAAAACCAGGUGACUUGGAAUGCGAUGCUUGCUGUAUAUGCCCAGAACGGGCAUCUGGAGGAAGCAAAAACCUUGUUUGCUGAGAUCCCAAAGAAAGAUGGCGCUUCGUGGACGUGUUUGCUGCAAGCACACUGCCAUGCAGGGACAACCCAUGAUUCGGAGGAGAUCCUGCAGAAGAUGCCGUUUGCAAAGACUAUUGUGCACUGGACGAUGCUGCUGGAUGCCCAUGCAAAGGCCGGGAAUCUCGAUCGAGCGAGGGAAGUUUACGACCAAAUGCCGGAUCCGGAUGCGAUCGCGGCGAACGCCAUGCUCGCCGCGUAUGCACACAGAGGAUACAUGCACGAGGCAAAUGCGCUGUUCGAGCAAGUUGGAGACAAAGUUGACGCCGCGACGAAGAACAUCAUGAUCCUGGCGCAUGGAUCGUCCGGGAACUUGGAGGCAUCCAAGCGACUAUUCGACGAGAUUAUCGAGAGAGAUCUCUACUCGUGGUCGUCGCUCAUGCGGGCGUUCUCCUUGAGCAGCAUGAACGAGGACGCGAUUCAUCUCUUUCGUUGCAUGCUCGUCGAGGGCUUUGCUCCAAACGAAGUGAUUCUCCUCGUCUACGCGACCGCUGCGUGUGGGCGUGCGAGCUCGCUGGACGAUUCCCGGAGCUUCUUUGCAAACAUGCUUCCGGACUAUGGAGUCUCUCCCGGCCUAGAUCACUACGACUGCAUGGUUGGAGCUUUCGGAGCCGCGAAGAAGAUGGAAGAAGCAAGAGAGCUCAUUGAUAGCAUGCCUUUCGAAGCUGAUGCUCAAGUGUGGAUGACUCUACUCGCUUGCUGCCGGAGGCACUUGGACGCGGAGAAUGGCAAGCUUUGCGCGGACAGAUUGUUUGUCUUGGAUCCAGAGAACGUUUCACCGUACAAGAUCCUCGCGGAGAUCUACAGCCAAACCGGGAGAGAGAAAGACAUUGCUGGAUUGAAGAAGAUGGUGAGAGACAAAGGUCUCCACAAGCUCGAGGCCGAGAGCCUGAUCCAGAUCGAUGGCAUCACGCACAAGUUUCGAGUGGGAGACACCGCGCAUCCGAGCAUCAAGAAAGUUCGCAAGGAAGUCGCGAGGUUGACGAAGCUGAUGGAGAGAGAUCAUGGGUAUAAACACGAGAACUUGGGAUGGAGCGAGUGUGGCGGCGGUGUUCACAGCGAGAAGCUUGCGAUCGCGUACGCGCUGUGCGAGAAGAGCCGCGAGAUCUCGCUCGUGAAUAACUUGAGGAUGUGCGGUGAUUGCCAUACUUCUGCGAAGAUGAUCUCCAGCGUGGUGAAAAGGAAGAUCACGGUACGUGACACGCAGAGGCUGCAUGGUUUUGAGAAUGGUGUUUGCUCUUGCGCGGAUACCUGGUAAGUUUUAGUCUAUUGCGGUUCCAGAGGUGGGAAGAUCGCGAUGGAUCCAUUCGUUAAAUCCACCCUGGAGGUGGAAAACGUUUGUGAAUCCUGCUUCCUGGAGUUCAUAUGCCGCUUUCAAUGAUCUGUAGGGAGAGUUUCUUUGUGAGAGUUUUUGACGCGAGAUCGAUGAGAGUACCUCGA